GGCAUAUCUUCUCUCUCUAAACUUAUUGAUGGUAUUGUGGGUGGAGCUUUACGCAACCCCAUUACCAAACCAUCAUAAGAUUCCUGUUCCACUUCCAUACCUCUCUUCCCUUUUCCUCUUCCUUCUUAUCUCUCCCUCCCUCUCUCUCUCUCUCUCUCUCUCUUAUAUCUCCGUCCUUCACAUUACAAUUUUCUCUCUCUACACUGAUUUAUUCACACAUAUUUGAUCUUUCUAUAUCUAUACAACUCCUCUAUUGCUCUGAACAUCAAACCUAGUCCUGGAAGAAACCCAUAUGCAUUAAUUUCCCACGAAAUCUUAGAGGUCUUUUGUUCUUAUCAAUCUCUUCGUUCUUGGGUUUCGGUUGUCUUGGUUAUUUAUAUACAUCCAUAUAGUCAUAUACUAUAUAUAGUGUAUAUACAGAUGCCUUUUGCAGUAUGUCAAUUCAAUUUUGUUUAUGAAAGGUAGUUUUUUUUUUUAAACAAUCUGGGUUGUUUUCGAAGUGUUUGAAGAGGUGAAAUUAGAUGGGUAAUAUCGGAAGUAGCAGCGGAAACGGUCGCCGGAGGCAAGGGAGCAGGCGCAGCCACCCUCCGCCACCGCCACCGCAGCAGCCUCCUGAAAUCACGGCGAACCGGUAUGUUUUCGCUGCUGCAACCCCUUAUCCGUCCCAAUAUCCAAACCCGAAUCCUCCUCCGUACUACCAGUACCCGGGUUAUUACCCGCCGCCACCUCCGGCAAUGCCCGUACCGUUGCCGGCUCCGUACGAUCACCACCACCGUCCUCCGCCGCACAUGGACCCUGCCCACGCGAAUUGGGUCGGUGGGCGGUACCCUUACGGGCCGGUUAUGCAUCCCCCUGCCCCCUAUGUGGAACAUCAGAAGGCGGUGACCAUUCGAAAUGAUGUUAAUCUAAAGAAGGAGACUUUGCGGAUGGAACCCGAUGAGGAGAACCCCGGGCGGUUCCUUGUUGCUUUCACAUUUGAUGCCACGGUUGCGGGGAGCAUCACCAUUAUUUUCUUUGCAAAAGAGGGUGAAGACUGUAACCUAACUCCAAUGAAGGAAAGCUUGCUUGCACCAGUGACGGUAAAUUUCCAAGAAGGUUUGGGCCAGAAGUUCAGGCAACCCUCUGGAACUGGGAUAGACUUCUCAAUGUUUGAUGAAACAGAGCUACUGAAAGAGGGUGACAUGGAUGUGUAUCCUCUAGCGGUGAAGGCAGAGGCAUCCCCAACGAACCAGAAUGAAUCAGCAGAUGGAAACCAAGAGUCUGGAAACACAAAUUCUCAGAUAACUAAGGCAGUGUUCGAGAAGGAGAAAGGUGAAUACCAGGUGAAGGUGGUGAAGCAAAUAUUAUGGGUGACUGGAAUGAGGUAUGAGCUGCAGGAGAUUUAUGGGAUUGGGAAUUCUGUUGAUAGUGACUUCGAUGGGAAUGAUCCAGGGAAAGAAUGCGUUAUCUGUUUAUCAGAACCUCGGGACACAACUGUGCUUCCCUGCCGCCACAUGUGUAUGUGCAGCGGGUGUGCAAAGGUUUUGAGGUUCCAAACGAACCGCUGCCCAAUUUGCAGGCAACCAGUUGAGAGGCUUUUGGAGAUUAAGGUCAAUAAUGGACCUGAUGAGUGAAGAAAUGAUGCAUUCCUGCCACCAUCGUGCUAUAUAAGUUCUUUCUUUUUUCUAUUAUUUUUCUUUUUGUUCUGCCCCAACAAUCUUUUCACUUCACAUUCCUAGUUUUCAGUAUUCUGACAAAAUCAUAAUGAGUAUGCAGUUUGCAUUGGAUAUGUUGUCCUUUUACUGGCUUGAUUACAAUGUUGUUAGCCAAUACUUUGUAUGUUUGUGCAAGUUCCUAAUGACAUUUCUUUUGAGUUGUCACUAUUUAAAAUGAAAUAUAUAAUGUAUUGAUUUGGUUUAAAUAUAA